AUGGCCUCGAUGGAUCAAGCAAUACUUAGGCCUAGGUCCAAGGGUCCUCGUCUAUACCACAAGAAGUCCCGGACAGGGUGUGUUCGGUGUAAACAACGUCGCGUCAAGUGCGACGAGACUCGGCCAGGUUGCCGUGGAUGUUCUCGUCACGGUGUAGGCUGCGUCUACCCUGUGCAGCCCACUGCUGCCGCACCGGCUGUUCCAACACCACCAACACGGUCACAUGGCAAGGCAACAGCGCAGCCCGAUGUGAUGAAUCUUUCCGCGAUGGGCGCGGAACUACACGAUCUGAAUGUGCCACCGUCGAAGACCAAGCUGAGCUUUCAAUGCAAGGAGAACGGCAUGAAAUGCCAAACCCCGCAGGAACCCUCUAAAACACCAGGUUUGGAAACGCCGCCUGGUGCGGAGGAAACCGAGCUCGACUUCCCCGAAAGCCGGGAGCGUCGACUGUGGGAGCUGCGCUUACUGCACAACAGCCUGACACAGGCAAAGCCGUUCCCCACGCCGCAGCCGCAACAGAUACAAGACCUGUUUGCCCUCGAGGUGCCGAACAUGGCGCUGAACGAGGGCCGAGACGCCCUCCUCUACGGCAUCAUGGCGCAUUCGGCCCUGAACAUGUGGACCAGGAGCACCGAUCCGCAGGAGCGAGAGACGCUGCUGCGGCUGCAGCGCACGUAUCUGAGCAUGCUGCUACGGCAGCAGCGCAAGGACAUCGCAGAGCUGAGCCCGUCCAAUGCCGACUCCAUAUGUCUCUCGAGCCUCAAGAUCCUGACGCAUGCCUUGGCGCUGAUCCAGACGCUGCCGCUGGAGCCGUGGCAGCCCCCGAUCGACUUCCUGCAGAUGGGACACGGCGCGGGGCACGUCUUCAGGUCGGCCUGGGCCGUGGCUAGAGAGGGCGGCGGGGACGUGAGCAGGAUAUUGACGUUCGUGCAGAACCCCCCCGCGGUCAACGAUCCCAGCGAGACGAUCCUCGGCGACCACAGCGCGCUCGACUGGAUACUGGAGACCCCACCUGGCGCCGAUGCGCAGGUCGACACAGAGCUGGACGACGUGGCGACCAAGUCCGUCUACGACAAAGCCAUCGCUUACGUCUGCGGCGUGCAGAGGGCGCUGGACCGCCGGGAACCCGAGUUCGUGGUUUGUAGACGCCUAGGCGGGUUCGCCUACUGGGUUCCUGCGGAGUUCACGCAGUUCUUGACGGAGCGGAGACCUCGAGCCAUGGUGGUCACGGCCCAUCUGAUGUCCUUGUUCCUGGAAAUCGAACACAUGUGGUUAAUUGGCAAGGCUGGCGAGAAUCAGAUCAGGGGCAUCCACAAGAACCUGCCCACGGAAUGGAGUUGCAAGCUCGACGGGCUCUUUGAGAAAUUCAGGAAGCCUGGAGAAAGCCCUCGCCCUUUCAGUGGGGGUUACGGCUCGAUGAUGUGA